AUGACAUGGUUGGGAAGGACACCAUUAAUACAGGCGGCUGAGGGAGGACACCUGGAGGUAGUGACGUACCUUGUCAGUCACGGCAGUCAGUUAGAGGCUACAGAAACCUUGUUGGGAAUGACACCAUUAAUGUGGGCGGCUCGGGGAGGACACCUGGAGGUAGUGACGUACCUCGUCAGUCACGGCAGUCAGUUAGAGGCCACAGACGGGGAUGGAAGGACACCAUUAAUGUGGGCGGCCAGGGGAGGACACCUGGAGGUAGUGAAGUACCUUGCCAGUCACGGCAGUCAGUUAGACGUUACAGACAAGUAUGGAAUGACACCAUUAAUGUUGGCGGCUCGGGGAGGACACCUGGAGGUAGUGACUUACCUCGUCACUCAGGGCAAUCAGUUAGAGGCCACAGAUACCUUGGGAGGAAGGACACCAUUAAUGUUGGCCGCUGAGGGAGGACACCUGGAGGUAGUGAUGUACCUCGUCACUCACGGCAGUCAGUUAGAGGCCACAUCCAGGGAUGGCCGAACAGCUUUACAUUGUGCUGCUCAGUAUGGACGGAUUAAUACAACAAAAUGGUUGAUAGAUCAAGAAUGCAGUCCUUGGGUGAAAACAAAAAAGGGUGAGACUCCUUAUGAUAUGGUAACAAUAGGACGCUUUGAUUCUGAAGAGAUAAAAAGGAAGAAGAAAGAAGUGAUGGACUUCCUAAAGACUGCCAUGUCAAAGACAUCCCCAGAAUUGACUCCUGACAACCAAUCACAGGAACCUGCAGCACCAGUACUUGGAGAUCCCAUCGGAAAAGGGCAACAGUCUGCCAUGUUAAAUCGUUUAUUAGGCAAGGGCAGCUAUGAAUCAUUUGAUAUGAGAUGCAUGGUAACCGGCCAGUUUUCCGUUGGGAAGUCUACUCUUGUAAAGCUGUUAGCUGGUGAUAUUGUACUAGAUGGUCGACAGCCAACUGACGGCAUUUCUCUCGUAGAAGGUCGCUGUGGCCUCGACAUUGAGACGAAAGAGUGGAUUCUAAUUGAUCCAGACUCUUAUAACGCCCUGGAUGUUGUGUACAACAAAGUGUUAAUGACCUCUCUCAAAGAAGAGGAGAGUGAACUCACUGAAAAGUUUAAUCAGGCUUCAGAUGCAAGUCCAACUGGUUAUGCCAAAGCCACACUGUCCUCUAUGCCCUCAGAAAAGUCGGCAGCAGCACAAUCUCUACCACCUGAGAAAUCCUCCAAUGUGCCUCUCACGGUAAAACAGAUGGGAAAGAAAAUGAGAACAAGAAUGACUAAAGAGGAAAUAAAAAAGAAAAUGGAAAAAGUCCUCAAAAGUGGGAAGUAUAAGAUGAAAGUUGGACGUCUUAUCUUCUGGGAUUUUGGUGGACAAUAUGUUUAUCUAACAACACACCAGACCUUCAUGACAUUUCGAGCGUUGUUUCUUGUAGUAUUUGAUGGGAGCAAAGAUUUGCAUGAACAGGUCCCUGAUGUGAUGUGUUUUCCAGGGCAGCACAUGACCCCAACGCCAGCAGUAUUCUUGCAAUAUUGGGUCAAUUCCAUCCUGACCUAUUGUAAGGUUGUAUAUGCAGGCAUUCCAAAGAUCUUGUUUGUUGCCACUCACAAAGAUAAAGUAUCACCGGAGAAUGUUGAGACACGACGUGAAGAGCUUUAUAGUGGAAUUGAGGAGUUGUUUAAAGACCAUGAAGGCCAACAUCAUCUGGUUCUUAGGCCUCUAAUAUUUGUUAAUGCUAAAGAUCAAGCUGACCCUGAAAUAGAAGUUCUGAAGAAAACUAUUACAGAACUUACAUUCAACCACCCAUGUUGGGGUGAAAAGAUGCCGAACGCAUGUGUUCCACUGGAGCUCGAGAUCGCUGAAUUGGUGGCAGAAGGGAAACAAAUUAUGUCAUUGGCUGAAGUUAAAGAAUUGAAUGCCAUCAGCGGGGUGUCUGUCCUGUCUGCUGAACAGCUGACCGAUUUCCUACAUUUUCAGCAUUCUCUAGGGAAGAUUGUGUAUUUUGACACACCACAGCUUAGAGAUAAAGUUAUCAUAAGUCCCCUUCUUAUGGUUGAAGUUAUGAGAUCUUUCAUUACUGAUGUUGAAUUCUGGCCUAAAGAAGAUAAAACAAGAAAAACCUUCAAGAAGAUGUCAAAAAAUGGAAUGAUACAAAAAGUAGACCUCUACCAGAUUUGGGAACAAAAAGAAUUUUGUCAGAUUUUACCAUUUAAAGAGUACAUAUUCGAUAUGCUGAUACACCUUGAUAUCGUAUCUGAACAGCGUAGAUAUGAUACAAAAACAGGAAACCGGCUACCAGUAGAACACUUCUUUGUACCCUGUAUGCUUACCCAAAGAAAUGAUACAGAUUUCUUGUUACAAGAAUGUACACCAGAGAGGACUGUUAGUUUGGCCUUCGUUUUUAAAGGAACCAUCAUACCUCCAGCCUUACCAAACCGUCUAACAUGCGCAUGUCUCAGUAUGUGGACAUUAAAACAAUACAGAGGAAGGAAACUUAUGUUUUCUGGGUUUGUUGGGUUAUCAGUUGAUAAAGAGCAUGAUAUUGUUGUCUGUGUAGAAGGAAAUAAGAUCUUAUUGCAUCUAGUCCACAAGCGCUCCAAGGGUUUGAUAAUACCUGAUAUAGCCACCAGUGUCCGGGAUUGUUUGUUUGUUACUUUAGAGAGAAUUUCCGAAUUUUAUCAGUCUUCCAUCCAUUGUAAAGCUAGCAGCAAGUUACCUUUCCACACCGAGUAUUCCUGCUCGAAACUAAACUGUUUCACAUCAGAACACAAGAUGGUUUCAGAAGCUGAGGAAUGUUUUUGUGAACACGGUGAAAACAUUAAAACUAACUGGAGUAUUUGGAACAAGAAAAGGGAACAAAAGCAGUGUGAUGCUAAUUGUCAAGGUUUGAGUGAAGAUGCAUUAUCUCAGAUUCCAAGUGACAAAGAAUUGUUCCGGCUGUCUGUUAAUUGUGAAACACGCAUGCUUCACGAUUUGGCUCUCCAUCUUGGAAUGGAAGAGAUGAUAUGGAAAGAUAUGGAAUACAAUUACCCAGGAAAUGCACAGCUUGUUAAAUUUUUCACACUGAUGUAUUUGAAAGAGAAUGAUCAAAUACGAUUCACAGAAGUGCACAACGGAUUGAGAGAAAUGGAAAUAACACAACAUAAAUUAUGUGUGGUUAGGCGGAUAAAGCAAGUUAAAUCUAGUAUUCCUGACGAUAUUUUAGAUUGUAUUCCAUCAGAUGAGAUUUUAGAUAGAUUAACACCACUGAUUGGCAAGAUAGUAUUUCAACUAGGAAUAGAACUUGGACUGUCUGUAGAAGAUUUAGAAAGUAUCAAAGAGAAAUAUGAUCGUGAUUUGACAGCACAGAAUAAGGAAGUGUUGUUUACAUGGAGGAAAGACAGAACAGUGAAUCCUACAAUACGGGUACUUGAGCAAGCUUUUGUAAAUAUUGGUAAAGGAGCAAGGUGUUUAAAAGAGGUUGUAAAGGAUGUUGAUCCCAAUACACUUAAAGCAGUAGAAAUUGUUAGAGAUAGAAUCAGAGAAAAAGAAAACAGAAUCAUACAGGACAUACAAACAAGCCAGAUUUUAGACCAUAUGAUGACUAAUUUGGUGAUAUCAGUUGAUGACAGACGCCGUAUUGAACAACAUGCUGGACAAGAUGAUCAGAACAAAGCAUUGCUGGAUAUUGUGACUAAAAGGAGAGAACCUACGUAUGGUGUAUUUGUUGACGGAUUAGAUGCCUAUGGAUAUAAAGACCUUGCAAAUGAUUUGAAAUUUGAUUCUAAAGAAAUGAGCCAAAGUGCAGCAUUAGUACCUGCAGAGAAUGAAGGCUUAUCAGACUGGAAUAUUCCGUUGUAUAAAGUUCGACUACAGAAGAAUUACCUCAAGGUUAUCACUGGUAUUCAGCAUGGGAGCAUAGUAGAUCAUCUAAUAUCAAGAGAGGUAUUGUCAGUUGAUGAUGGAGAAAAGAUAGAAUCUGGUAAAACCACGCAGGAAAAGAACAGGACGUUAAUAACAUUACUGUUACGUAUAAAUGAACAGGGAUAUAUCGAGUUUCUCACAGCUCUACGAAAAGACUCCGCGUAUGCUGAUCUUGCAGAUGAAAUAGAAUACACAGCAGUUACAACUAGAGAUAUGUCAACUCUUCAUACAUGCUAUAAAUAGAAUAAUUCAAGACAAAAAUAUUGUAAACAACAAGUUAAAGACAGCUGUAAACAAUCAAUGAGUUGAUCACUUAAAUGAUUAACGUGAAUGAAUUACAAUAUACUAGUGAUAACAAUAUGUUAUAUUAAACACAUGUUAUAUGUUAACGUAAUGGGAGGAAAAAGCUAACAUAUGUAGGAAGCCCCUUUACAAGUUUUCAAUCCUAAAUAGAUGUGAUCAUUUUGAAAGAGUCAUGCCAUGUAUUGUCAGUGUAUUUAGAUAUAAAUAUUGGAAAUAAAAAUAAUUGCAACAGUUAUUUUUAAGGUCACCUUCAACUAGGGGUACAAACCUUAAUGCUUUUGAUAAUUUUAGACUUUUGUUAACACUCAAUUCAAAGAAAUAAAAGUUCAUGACAACAGAGAAUUGUUGACUAUCGAGCUGGUGUUAGCCCAUUAACGAAACAUCCAGCCUAAGUAGUAUAAACAUGGUGAUUGUAUAAACUCGUUCACAAAUACCAAGUUUAUUUUUUGUUAUGCCAUAAGUGAGUACAUUUGCUGCGUUUAGUAAUCUAUUUACUUUGAAAUAAUAUGCGUUCGUUUUAUUUGAUAAAAUCAUUUACUAGAUGACAGAAUGAGAUCAACCUGUGCUUUUACAUUUAAAAGCACCAUGCUAGAUUGAAAUUGUUUGAAAAAGAUUGCUAAUAUUACUCCUCUUCCUGUGUAUAUACAUAUCCAUCUAUAUAUGUUCUCUCUCUGUAAGGGAACUAUCAUAACUUGAUACAAUAUACUAUUUGUACUUUUUGAUAAAUUUUGAAUAACCUUCAUUGCUGCAAUUUGAUUUUUACUGAUUUUAGUUCAUUCAAAACAUUGCAUUGUAAUCUUAAACCUUGUCAAUGUUAAAUUAAUAGUCAAUUGAGGUCUAAAUGUUAAGUCUAAUGAAUUAUAAAGUAUGUUAUAAUAAAAAAAAACUAAUUCUGAGACAGGAUGUUGUCCUUCAUGGUUUCUUAUUUUUUUUACAGUAGCUUGUUAUACAUGGUGGUUAUCAAACAGUUACAUUAAAAUGUACAUUUGUAAAUUAAAAUGUUUUAUCAUUAAUAUAGUUUUGAACAAAAAUGCAACGAUAU